UCCAGUAUGCUGCGGCUCAUCGUUUUGCUGUCAGCCGCCUGUCUGGCGGUUGCAUUCAAGAACCCGCACUAUGCCCCAGGACGUACAACCAUGGUCCACCUCUUUGAGUGGAAGUGGAACGACAUCGCAGAUGAAUGCGAGAGGUUCCUUGGACCGCGAGGAUUCGGUGGCAUUCAGGUUUCGCCUCCCAAUGAGAAUUUGAUAAUUGGGUCCAGACACCGUCCUUGGUGGGAAAGAUACCAGCCUAUGUCAUAUAUUCUGACCACACGUUCUGGUAACGGUGCGCAGUUCGCUAGCAUGGUGAGACGUUGCAACGAUGUCGGUGUCAGAAUCUACGUGGAUGCAAUUAUUAACCACAUGACGGGAACCUGGUCGGAGAACAGAGGCACAGCAGGAAGUACUGCCAACUUUGGUAACUGGCACUACCCGGCCGUUCCUUACGGCAGGAAUGACUUCAACUGGCCUCAGUGUGUCAUUCGACCAGAAGAUUAUGGCAACAACGCUGAGAGAGUACGUAACUGUGAACUGUCCGGUCUCAAGGACUUGAACCAAGGCUCUGAACAUGUACGCACCCAAAUUGUCAACUACAUGAACGGUCUAAUCGAAAUGGGUGUGGCUGGAUUCAGAAUUGACGCGGCGAAACACAUGUGGCCCGCAGAUCUUAGAGUGAUCUACAGUAGGCUAAGAAACCUUAACACUGCUCACGGUUUCCCUAACAAUGCUCGCCCUUAUAUUUUCCAAGAGGUCAUUGAUCUUGGCGGUGAAAUCAUCACCAGAAACGAAUAUACUCCAUUGGCUGCAGUCACUGAAUUCCGAUUUGGCUUGGAGCUUAGCCGCUGUUUCAAGGGCCAGAAUCAACUUAGGUGGUUGAGCACCUUCGGACCAAAUUGGGGUCUUUUGGCUUCGGGUGACGCUUUAACCUUCAUUGAUAACCACGACAAUCAACGAGGCCACGGUGCUGGAGGUGCGAUCCUCACAUACAAGAAUGCUCGUCAAUACAAGGCAGCUAUCGCCUUCAUGUUGGCUCAUCCCUACGGCAAGCCUCAGCUGAUGAGCAGCUUCAGUUUCCAGGACACGGAAGCUGGACCACCACAGGACCACUCUGGAAAUAUAAUUUCUCCAUCCAUUAACUCUGAUGGUUCAUGCGGCAACGGCUGGGUCUGCGAGCACCGUUGGCGACAGAUCUUCUCGAUGGUGGCCUGGCGUAACAUUGCUGGCAACGGCAACAUCCUUAACUGGUGGGACAACGGUAGCAAUCAAAUCGCCUUCUGUCGUGGCUCCAACGCGUUCGUCGCUUUUAACAACGAUGGCUGGAAUAUGAAUGAAAGCUUGCAGACCUGCCUCCCAUCGGGUACAUACUGUGACGUCAUCUCUGGCUCCAAAGUGAACAACCGUUGUACUGGAAAGACAAUUAAUGUCGGUUCCAAUGGACGCGCUAACAUCGUCAUCGGCCCUGGCGAUUACGACAUGUUCCUGGCCAUCCACCGUGGUCCUGAGUCGCGCAUAUAAAACAUCGAGAUUAAAUAUGUUGAUCAGAAGACUGGAUGAGGGGAGGAGAC